AUGGAAAUACACAACAUUAAACCUGAACGUUCUGAACCUUCGACUACUCAUCUCCAUCACCUUGACUUCAUUCACAGACUCCAUAUCCCCACUCCCAUCUUCUCCUACCGCUCAUUCUAUUUACCACCCAGCUCAUCUUCGAUCCUUGUCAUUUUCCUCCAUCGCACCAUCAUGCCAGGCAGCUUAGAAGAUCGAUAUAUCAGACUUGAACUUAUCAGGGUAAAAGACCUUCCACUCCCUUCCGAGCGCAUACCCGCAGGCUUUUACGUGUCCAUUAAUGUCGAUUCGAAGAGGCGCUGGAAAUCAGCAGUCCGAGUGGUAUCAUCCGAUGAAUUCGAAGUUUUGGGCGAUAUUGUGAUUUUAUCAUUAUGCGAGGUGCCUAAAUUAUCCGCGGAGAUCAGGGUAUCCUACGAGCUCAGUCGAAUGCUGGGCAAUGGGGAAGUCGUUGCAAAAUUAGAAUCAUCCUUCUCAUUCAUACGCAUAUACUCACAUCUCGACAACUCCUUCCCGUCCGUUCAUGGUAUUCACCUGAGGGCCGCUGUUCUACAUCCUUGCGACGACCAUGGUAGCGCACUGCUUGACUCCAUCGUUGAAAGUGAGACUGCUCGAGAGACGGAUGUGGGCCAUGAACGAUUUGUCACAUACGUGACAAGCAAGACGGUCUCUCACCUGAACGAUGCCGUACAGCACUUCCAGUUGGUCCUGGACCAAUGUCCGGUCGGCCAUCCUGACCGCGCAGGGGCUCUCACCAACCUCGCGAGGGCUUGCCUCAAAGGCUACAUUGAAAAUGAUCUUCAAGACAUCGACUAUAUCGCCUCUCUCUUCCGCAAAGUCCUUGCAUUGCGUCCGCAGGGCCAUCCCGAUCAUCCAUUAUCUAUUUAUCACCUCACUGAAGCGCUGACCCGGCGCUACAGCAAGGAGAACUUCACCACCGUCUAUAUCCACGAAUCUGCGCAACUGUACUGCAUGCUAUUGCCCCUCUGUCCAGAGGGCACCUACCUUCAUAGCAUGGUGCAAGGAGUACAUGGCGUCGAUUAUGUGAUCUGCGCGUGCAACAAACUUCCAAUAGACGCAUUCAAUGAGGGCAUUCACAUUCAAGUCGUCCUCAAGCUAUGUCCCCUGGGCCAUAAAUUGCGUCCACAAACACUCAGCAAGCUUGCAUGGUUUCUCGGAUUACGCUUUGAACAAUGUGGCAGCAUUGAUGAUCUAGACGAGUGCAUACAACGUAGUCGUGAAGCUGUUUCUCUGUGUUCCGAGGGACAUUCUAAUCGCGCCUCCUACCUGAUUACCUUGGCCCACCCACUCCUGUCCCGCUUCCAUCACCGAGGCAACUCUCAUGACCUCUAUGAGGCCAUCUAUUUGUUCGAAGAAGCGCUGCGCCUAUGCCCUGUUGAGCACCGAUCUCGUGAUUUCUCAUUGAGCCAUCUAGGACUCGCCCUCUACGCCCGUUUCUGCCGAUGCGGUGAUGUCAACGACAUCACCAGAAACGUCAGCCUCCAGCGCGGGGCACUGACAUUGUGCCCACGUGGGAAUCCAAAUCGUCACUGCAUGCUUAACAACCUGGCCAUCGCGCUCAAAACCAGAUAUGGCGAAUUGAAUGUCAGCGAGGAUCUCGACGAGGCCAUUGAUCUAUUCCGCGACUCACUUCAGUUAAGGCCGCAUGGCCACCCGCUUCGUCAUACAGUUCUUCACAAUUUGAGCUUGGUGCUCUGCUCUCGUUUUACGCAAACUCAGAAGGAUGAAGAUGUCGAAGAGGUCAUUCGACUAUGCCAAGAAUCAUUGGAAGCUUUGCCUUCACUGCACCCGAAUAGAUCUUCCAGCUAUUCAUGGUUGGGGGAAGCCUAUUUCUCUCGUUACGAAGUGCAACGCAAGUCUGUUGAUUUGUUGUUCGCUGUAGAGAACUUCAGACUGGCAUCACGACAUCCUACAGAAGGCUUUCCUAACCGCAUCCGAAGGGCAAUAAAGUGGGCUUGCCAUGCAGAUCUCUAUCGACACGAUUCUGCCCUAGAGGCAUACCAAAUCUCUUUGGAGCUUUUCGAGAACCACGUGAUAACGCGAUCGUCGACCGUCUUACGGCGCGAGGCUGCAACCGCUUUUCGCGACGCCCAAUUACUGCCAGUAGCUGCAGCCUCAUGUGCCAUACAUUAUGAUGAUCUGCGACGAGCAGUUGAACUCCUGGAGCAGGGUCGUGGCCAGCAGUGGUCGCUGGCCUCUCGACUCAGGACUCUGCUGGAAGACCUGAAGUCUGCAAGUCCGGAACUAACUCACAAGCUAUCAGGGAUCAGCAAGCGCCUAUCUGACAAUCAUGGUUCCGCCAGCAACACUGACCGAGCUGCUGUUGAUCGAGCAGCUAUAGAGUACAGGAGACUUCAGGCGCAGUGGGAAGCAGUGGUAGCUGAAAUCCGAAAUCUUCAAGGUUUCUCGCGGUUCUUGCUCCCGCCUUCGUAUGAAGACUUGCAAGCAGCAGCGUGUUAUGGCCCAGUCAUCAUCCUCAUCGCGAGUCGAUACUUGUGCAGCGCCAUUAUUGUCGUGACGUCAGGAGACCUCCAUCAUGUUCCCUUGCCGCCUACUACCUUUACGGAUCUGAAGAAUCUCAAGGAUCGUUUCGCCAGGGCUAUACGACAUGCAUCUAUUAUGGGCCCAAAGGUGCCGCGGAAUGAUCUAAUAGUUCUCUUGCGGACAGUAUGGGACAACAUCAUGCUACCCAUCGUCAACGUCCUCCAGAAUGACCUUGAAAUUACAGCACCAAUCUCGAAUCUGGCUAUGUCCAACUGCCGCUUUCACGUCCAUCCCUCUCCACGCAGCUCACCCCUUUCAAAUAAAGGCAGAUCGCUCGAGAAGCUGAUCUACAUCUGUUCUUACACCCCGACACUUUCGGUUUUGAUCAGAUCUAGACAGAUGAAGAAGAAGCGUAUCCCUCCAUCUUUCGUAGUGAUCGGACAGGGUCAGCCGCGUGCAGGGAAAAGCAAGGAGCUCUUGGUUGUCGACAGCGAGAUCGAGCUUGUCCGAAAUCUCGUCCCUGAGACGAUCAACCGUACCACUAUUUCUGGUGAUGCAGCCACACGAGCAGGUGCACUGCAAGCAUUGCAAGAGAACAAUUGGAUGCACCUUGCGUGUCAUGGAAAGCAGGACCGCGAGCAGCUUUACAAUUCUCGUUUCGUCAUGAAGGACGAACCUAUCACGCUACUUGAUAUCAUGGAGAAAGAUAUUCCCCACGCCGAGUUCGCGUUUUUAUCAGCGUGUCAUACCGCCGUCGGCGAUGAGGAGACACCCGACGAAGUCAUUCACCUCGCUGCUGGACUACAAUUUUCGGGGUUCAAGAGCGUCAUUGGUACGCUGUGGGAGGUCGACGACGCUGUCGCAAAACAUGUGGUAAAAGCUUUCUACGAUAAUAUGUUCGAGGAUUUGGAGGACGGUGUUGUGAUGGACUGCACUAAGGCGGCCUGGGCACUCAAUCGUGCUACACACACCGUGAAGACGAAAGUUCCGUUGGAGCAGAGGAUGGUUUUCAUUCAUGUCGGUGUGUAG